GACACGGCCGGGGCCGCCCUGACGCUGCAGCCGGAGAUGCUGUCGGGCCGCGAGGGCGCGUAGCAGCAGGGAGCGCUGCGGUGAAGGCCGAGGUCCAGUGAAUCGGAGGAAGCGUUUGAUGACACAGACCCGGACUGCUCUGGCGGGCGCGUUAUGAACCCUUUCUGGAGCAUGUCGGCAGGCCCCGCGCGCAAGCGAUCCGAGGGCGACGAGAAGACGCUGACGGCGGACGUGAAGACCAGCCCUCCGCGCGCGGCUCCGAAGAAGCAGCUGCCGGCCAUUCCCAAGAACGCGCUGCCCAGCACCAAGCCCACGUCUCCCGCCCCCGCGGCGCAGCCGACCAACGGCACGCACGCCUCCUACGGCCCCUUCUACCUGGAGUACUCGCUGCUGGCCGAGUUCACGCUGGUGGUGAAGCAGAAGCUCCCGGGCGUCUACGUGCAGCCGUCGUACCGGUCCGCAUUAAUGUGGUUCGGCGUGAUCUUCAUCCGGCACGGGCUCUACCAGGACGGCGUGUUCAAGUUCACGGUCUACAUCCCCGACAACUACCCCGACGGCGACUGUCCGCGCCUGGUGUUUGAUAUUCCGGUCUUCCACCCGCUUGUGGACCCCACUUCGGGGGAGCUGGACGUGAAGAGAGCCUUUGCCAAAUGGAGGCGGAACCAUAACCACAUCUGGCAAGUGCUGAUGUAUGCCAGGAGGGUCUUCUACAAGAUCGACACAGCGAGCCCCCUGAACCCAGAGGCUGCAGUACUGUAUGAAAAGGAUGUUCAGCUUUUUAAAAGUAAAGUGGUGGACAGCGUUAAGGUGUGCACUGCGCAUUUGUUCGACCAGCCUAAGAUCGAAGACCCGUACGCCAUCAGCUUUUCUCCGUGGAACCCUUCUGUGCAUGAUGAAGCCAGAGAGAAGAUGCUGACUCCAAAGAAGAAGCCUGAAGAGCAGCACAAUAAAAGUGUCCACGUUGCUGGCCUGUCAUGGGUGAAGCCCGGCUCAGUGCAGCCUUUCAGUAAAGAAGAGAAAACAGUAGCGACCUAGGAGCAGGUGACCCCGAGCACCGCGCACUUUCCUGCUGGACUCUGGCCUAGUGACAGCUGACCACCGGCAGAGGCCUGCCUGCUGCCUGCCUGGGGAGUAAACGGUGGAAGCGCGCCUGCUGUCGCGUUGUCCCUAGAUGCUUAGUCCUAGCGGCGACCUCGGAAGCCCUCUGUGUCGCGCCGCCUGUCAUGUCUCCGGGUGGUGCUCUAGUUCAGUGCUCCAAGUCAGGGACCUUGAGGCUUAAGUACUUUCUGAAUAUAACGCUAAAGGUAAGUUGCAUUCAUUUAGACUAAUAAGAGUAGAGUCCGGCACUAUCUAACGACUUCGAGUCAGCGGUUCCAGUUGUACAUAAGUGAGGCGACGGAGCGGAGACGAGGUCAGGCCCGUAGCUGUCAGCACUUUGAAGUGGGAGGUCAUCGGAGCCUCAGCCCACUGUCUCACUGAGCUACACACUGCUGUCACUGAGGUGCAUGGUGGGUGGGUGAAAGGAAACCAGAAAACUUGUUCAUAGUUUCUUUUUUUUUAAAAAAAAAGCAAAUUACUGACUGUAUUUUUUGGCAGGAGGGAGAGGAUGUGUUAAAACGGUUUCUAAUGAAGUCAGAUAUUUAAAUGA